AUGUGUGCUGUAGGGCCGAAAAAUAACCCUUAUGAAUCUGAUUUCAAGUAUGGACCGCCAGGAAGUGCUUGUCCACACGGAAAAACCGAUAGUGGAUUGUGCAAAAGUAGAGUUCAAAGGGAAAAAUCGGAAGUAAAAGAAGAAGACAACGGAUCAAAUCAUUCGUCUCUCCUCAUUGCAUUACUCGUAACUGUAUUUUUCAUGUAA